UGCCCAUAUGUUUGGCGGGGGAUAGCUUCAGAGGAAGAGAAGCAGCCUAGAGAAGCAUGGGGUUUGUUUUCCACUGAGCGACUGCGGGAGUGAGGCGACUUUUACGGAGAAACAAACAGACCAGGACUGUACCCUUUUGCUCCAGCCUUUCGUUAUAAAUACAGCCGUGCGAGUGAAAACUGAAUCGCAGUUUUUAUUUUUAUUUUUUAUUUUGCCCUCUGCUUGAUCGGAUUUCUCGCUGUCGUUUGCGGUUUAGGCCGGCUUUUCUCGGCGAUCUGCGGGGCUGUUUCUGUGUCGUUGUUUUUUUAACGGGGGGUCAGGCGCGGCACUUUUCCUUAAGACGAUGGUUUUGCUGAAAAACGUCUCCCCUCCCAGUGAAGGCGUCAGGCACCAGCAGGCUGAAACGACGGCAGUGCUGGAUGGCAAGGGGCUGGGCUCUGGCACCCUCUACGUUGCAGAAAACCGCCUGUCGUGGUUUGACGUGUCGGGAAAGGGCUUCUCUCUGGAAUACCCCUCCAUCAGCCUCCACGCCAUCUCCCGCGAUCUCAGCGCCUAUCCCCAGGAGCAUCUGUACGUCAUGGUCAACGCCAAGCUGAGCGAUGAAGAGGUGACAGAAUCUCAGAUGGAGGAGAAAGCAGCUGAAGGAGAGGAUGAGGACGAUGAGAGCGAUGACGACUCAGACCCCAUCACAGAAAUCCGAUUUGUUCCCAGUGAUAAGAUGGCGUUGGAGCCCAUGUUCUCUGCCAUGUGUGAGUGCCAGGCACUGCACCCUGACCCUGAGGACUCUGACUCCGAUGAUGAAUUUGAAGGAGAGGAAUACGAUGUGGAGGAAGCUGAACAAGGCCAAGGGGACCUGCCUACUUUCUACACGUACGAUGAGGGCCUGUCUCACCUGACGGCGGAGGGCCAGGCCACCCUGGAGCGGCUGGAGGGCAUGCUGGCGGAGUCCGUGGCGCAGCAGUACCACAUGGCCGGGGUGAGGACCGAGGAGACCGCCGGCGAUUUCGAAGAUGGGAUGGAGGUGGAUACCAGCUCAGCGGUCGCUGGGCAGUUCGAGGAUGCAGAUGUGGAUCACUGAUGUGAAUAUUGCCAGCAGUUAAGACCCACUCUUGGACAGGACGCAAUGGAAGGUGGAUUAUUCUAGAGAUUGCAGAAGCCUGCAGCAAACAUUCACCAACUAACUGUUUUGUCUGGUAAUGUAAAAACAGGACUUUUUUUUGUUGUGUUGUACUUUAACAUAUUUACUUUUUUUAAAUGAAGACCCACGGCCCGCACUCUCCUGUCCCUUGCUCUGACAGGGUUUUUGUCUUUGUAUUACAUCUGCUCAAUAAAAACUAAUUUUUGUAUGUACAUCA